AUGGCGAAGAUUGGGCAGACCUCUGGCAUCGGUGCAUUCCCCAUUUUUAGUGGUAAUCGCGGAAAAGACUGCACAGUGCUGAGCGAUGACCCGCACAGUCAGCAAGCAGCGAUAGAUCAAUCCCUGAACGAGACACAGCAGCAGUGUGAGGAGGAGUACCGUAUCGUGCGAGUGAAGCUCCACGGCGUUGCCUCACCUUUGCAGGACAGCCAAUGGGUCUUCUCGAAAUGCUAUGUUGGCGUAUCUUUGGAUCCAGCGUUUGAGCAGCAAGAAUCCAACUUCAAUUGGAUGAAGAUCCCGCGAAUACGGUGGCUAGAAAAACAGCAAAGCCCAAGUAAUGUCGACAAGCUCUUGCAGUUCCUUGUACAAGUGUAUCUUAGCAUUGUCCAUGAUGACAAUGGAACGUGGCGAAGGCCAUGGGUUCAAUAA